AUGUCUUCUCAAUCAUCGGACGACCAAAAAUCACCAUCCAGAAACAAGGAUGAUCAUCGUGAGGAUGAUAUUCAAAAUCGAUCUCUAUCCUCAACUCUACCAAACAACAAUCAACCACCAACACCAAUCACUCUCACAGAGAACCAAAAAAAGACAAUUCAAACCUUACAAUCCAUACCUCCGGGAGCUGUACAAUCCAUCUUUGGAGUCAUGAUGGCAGCAGAAGUUAUAGGUGCUCGUGUAUUCCUUCAUCCUAUUGAUCGUAUUUUGACCAUUCUUCAAACUCAACAUUCUUUACCAUCGGCUUACAAGAGCCUUGUAACUCAAGUUACGUAUUCUGCAUCGGGAGAGGUAAUUGCAAGAAGUUCUGUGACUCCAUUCCGAGGAGCCAUUGAUGCUAUUAAACAAUUACCAAAAGAUCGAACUUUAUGGAGAGGCUUAAUGCCUGAUAUUUAUGGCCGAAUUUUUGGAAAAUAUCUUCAAUUGUUCGUGGGAGACCAAGUCCAACGCGCUCUGUCACCAAUGCUUUCUCGAGAGGAAAAUCCUUCAGCAUCCAUUCAAAAAUACUUGGGACUAGUAUUACUUUCUGGAGGUAUUGGAGGUUUAGCAAGCUUGGCAAUCACUUAUCCCAUGGCUGUUAUUUCAGCCCGAAUGCAAGCCAACAUGAUUCCUAUUAAGGAAACUGCCAUGAGCUUUGAAGGUUCGCUCUCACCAAUUAUUCAUCGAGAUAAUUUUAGUGGAGUUUGGCCAGCAUUGAAAUCACUGGUUAGGAGUGAAGGUUUUUCAGGAUUAUUCCGUGGUUUUUGGACAGCCAUGCCAGGAGUGUCUCUUUAUCGUGGCGUACAGUUUGCCAUGUUUGAUUUUAUUCGGAAAACUGGUAUUGAGAAACAAUUGAACUUUUUCCAAAUGAUGCUCUUGUCACAAUCUGUGGUUCUUACAGCUGGAACUGUACAUUAUCCAUUUUUAGUAAUUAGUCGCAGGUUGAUGACACAGGCUGGAUUCCGUUUCAAUAAUAGCAACACUGGACUCAUGAGCUCGUUUUCCACAGAAGAACCUGUAUUUUAUAAGGGAGGCUUAGAUGCUUUUAAACAAAUUUGGAAACAAGAAGGUAUUAGAGGAUUUUAUCGUGGAUACACCUUCUACUUGGUUAGGAGUUAUGCAUUGGGAUUAUUCUUUGCAUUAGUGGGAGCAAGCUCUAUGGCUCAUGGAGUUCAUCAUUAG